GUAAGUCAGAAAAAGGUCACAACUGUGUCCAAUUGGCCUUUUCCUCCUCUCUUUCUUUUUCACUUUUAUUUUUUUGUUUUAUUAUUUAUAUUUUCUUGUAAUAAUUAAUAAUGGAGUAAAACACUAAUCAAUUGUACUACUAUUUACAAAGUUAGUACUCCAUAAACAUUACAGAAAGCUUUUUCCUUUUUAUUUUUCUUUAAUUUUUUUUUUGUUGAAGUUAACAUCCACCAAUGCCUAAUAAUCCUCUAUAAAUAGGAUGAGAUAGGACCCAAAUGCUUGUAAGAUCAUCAAACCAAACCACCUAAAUAAACAGGCAAGAAUCCCACCAUUUUUGCUGUUAAUAUUCUGUCUUUUUCCUCCAUUUUCCCCUAAAUUAUUGCAAAAUAAAACAACCCAUCUCACCAAAUCUUCUAAUACUUCACAUUUUUAGAAUUUUUUUUGAAAAAAGAUUCAAUCUUUUUUGUGGGUUUUUGUUUAAGAAUCUGAAGAAUUAAUGGAGCAAAAAAGUUUUCUGUUAUCUGCCUUAAGUGUUGGUGUUGGGGUUGGGCUUGGAUUAGCUUCUGGCCAAAGUGUUGGUAAAUUAAUUGGUUCAAAUUCUUCAUUGGAUAGCAUUUCUGCCGAACAGAUUGAAUCUGAGUUAUCCAGAUUGAUUGUUGAUGGAAAAGAGACUAAAGUCUCUUUUGAUGAAUUUCCUUAUUAUCUAAGUGAGCAAACCCGAGCACUUUUGACAAGCGCAGCUUAUGUGCAUCUAAAGCAUACUGACAUCUCAAAGUUCACCAAGAAUCUGUCACCUGGAAGCAGGGCUAUCCUGUUAUCAGGACCAGCUGAACUCUACCAACAAUUGCUCGCUAAAGCAUUGGCAAACCACUUUGAUGCAAAGUUGUUGUUGUUGGAUGUAGUUGAUUUCUCCAUAAAGAUGCAAAACAAGUAUGGCCUCGAGAAAAAGGAUACAAGGAGGAGUAGGUCCAUAUCUGAAGCAACACUGAGUCAUGUCUCCAGCUUGCUAGGUUCCUUUUCAAUGUUUCCUCCAAGAGAUGCACCUAAAGGGUCUUUACGCAGGCAAGCUAGCACAACGGACAUCAAAUCUGGCAGUCCUGCGCCUGCAAAGCAUCGUAGAAACGCCUCAACAUCAACCGAUAUGAGUAAUGUUGUUUCUCAAACGUCUGCAUCAACUUCAGCGAAGCGCACAAGCAGCUGGUCUUUUGACGAGAAACUAUUUCUACAAGCACUCUACAAGGUGUUAGUCGCGACAUCAGAAAAGAGCCCCGUUAUAUUAUAUAUCAGAGACAUCGAAAGGCUGCUGCUUCAGUCAGACAGGAUAUACAAUUUGUUUGAAAAACUGUUGAAUAAGUUGGAGGGUUCCGUCUUGGUGUUGGGAUCUCGUAUGCUCGAUGCUGAUACUGACUAUGAAGAAGCCGAUGAGCAACUCUCUGCGUUGUUUCCCUACAACAUUGAUGUUAGGCCUCCAGAUGACGAGACCCAUUUUGUCAAUUGGAAUACCCAGUUGGAAGAGGACAUGAAGACGAUCCAAUUUCAGGAUACGCGGAACCACAUUUCUGAGGUUCUUGCGGAGAAUGAUCUUGUUUGUGACGAUCUUGCUUCUAUCUGCCAUUCGGACACAAUAACCCUCAGUAAUCACAUUGACGAAAUUGUGAUGUCUGCAAUAUCGUUCCAUUUGAUGAAUAACAAGGUUCCUGAGUACCGAAAUGGGAAACUCGUCAUAUCUUCUAGUAGUUUGUCUCAUGGAUUGAGUAUAUUCCAGGAAGGAAAGCAAAUGGGAAAGCCUAAAAUGGAAACUAAUGGUGAAACCGGAAAGCAAACCGAUGAUGCUGGUGUCGUGAAGACAGAUGGAAAGUCCGACACUUCAGGUGCUGAAAACAAAGGCGAAACAGGUUCCCUGACAAAGAAUCCUGAAAAUGCACCCCCUGUGAAGGAAGUGCCCCCGGACAAUGAAUUUGAGAAGCGCAUUAGGCCAGAGGUCAUUCCCGCAAAUGAAAUAGGUGUCACAUUCAAUGAUAUCGGAGCUUUGGAUGACAUAAAAGAGUCGCUUCAAGAACUCGUUAUGCUUCCAUUGAGAAGGCCAGACCUUUUCAAAGGCGGGCUUUUGAAGCCGUGCAGAGGUGUGCUGCUCUUCGGGCCCCCUGGUACUGGUAAAACUAUGUUGGCAAAGGCUAUUGCCAAUGAAGCUGGGGCAAGCUUCAUCAAUGUUUCAAUGUCCACCAUCACUUCGAAAUGGUUUGGUGAAGACGAAAAGAAUGUCCGAGCAUUGUUCACUCUUGCAGCCAAAGUUUCACCCACCAUUAUCUUCGUUGAUGAAGUUGAUAGUAUGCUUGGACAGCGAACCAGAGUCGGGGAGCACGAGGCGAUGAGGAAAAUCAAGAACGAGUUCAUGUCACACUGGGACGGUUUGAUGACUAAACCCGGUGAACAAAUUCUUGUUCUUGCUGCUACCAACAGGCCAUUUGACCUUGAUGAAGCCAUUAUUAGACGAUUUGAGCGCAGGAUUAUGGUGGGUUUGCCUAGCAUCGAGAAUAGAGAAAAGAUCUUAAAAACUCUUCUUUCGAAAGAACAUGCCGAGAAUUUGGACUUCCAUGAGCUUGCUACCAUGACUGAAGGAUACACCGGAAGUGAUCUUAAGAAUCUCUGUAUUACUGCUGCAUACCGGCCUGUUCGUGAGCUGCUCCAGAGGGAAAGGAAGAAGGAUUUGGCAAAGAAGAAGAAAGCUCAAGAGAAUAACAGUGAUUCCGAGGCUUCAACUGAGACCAAAGAAGCCGAAAAGCAGGAAGAACCUAUUGUUUUGAGGCCUCUGAACAUGGAGGAUAUGAGGCAAGCCAAGAACCAGGUUGCUGCAAGUUUCGCUUCUGAGGGAGCAGUAAUGAACGAGCUGAAGCAGUGGAACGAGCUCUAUGGAGAAGGCGGAUCUAGAAAGAAGGAGCAACUUACUUACUUCUUAUAGACCAUCCAUCUUCUUCACAGAUUCGGUGUUGUAUGUUCGAGCUUUUCUGUAAGGCCGAAGGAGAAUCUCACGAGAAACAUCUACUACGUUCCAUAGACAUACUUCCAUUGAGGGGACUAAAUCGAAAGCUCCAUUGUUGAAGUCUUGUUUAGCGAUGGAUAUAGUUCGUUCAGCUUUUGUAUUUCUUGCUGGUGCGUUUGGUGGGCGAGUGUGGAAAAAACGAGUUUUAAGAUAUAGAUGGCAUGUCCUACUAAGAGUUUGCUUGUGUUUGUUAUAGCUCUCUAAAGAGCCUUAUCUAUGGAGUAUGUAAUUAGGUUAUUAGAAAUGAAACAAUUUAUUAGUCUCUCCAUUAUUGGUGUGAUUUAUCUACCAAUUACUGUGGCAAUACCUAUUUUGUAUAUUAUGUCCUACUUCUAUUAGUCUUUGUUCUACUUCUAGUA